CUUGUUGGAUUCUAAAGACGAGCGCACUCGCCACGAUGGAAUGACCAACAAAAGCGAGCGGGGUAGUUGUAGUACUGCAGCAGAGCCCGGUUUUAAUGCAGGGAAGUCCUCUACUUCUGCUACAGCUAGUUCGGUAGUACCACAUACUGGCGCUGCCGUAGUCACUGAUGUUCAUCAUACUGCGGAUCGUGAAAAGAUGAAUGAGAACGCCAGAUCUAGAACUGAGGCACGACACAAGUGUGCGCAACUUUUACUAAGUUUUGAGGAUCGAAAAGCGGCGACUGAUUUUCUCAAAAUUGUAAAAAGAUCUCAAAAGGCGUUGGCGCAUUUGCAGACCUUUCUGGAUGACUCGAACUCGGGUUCAGCUGCUUCGAAGUCUUCUCAACAUCAAGAUAGCACCGCUUCUACUCCAUCGCAGUCCUCUUCCAGCCACAAACAGGAUGAAGACCACUCUCGUCGAGAUGGACAAGAAGAUCGAUCAGCUUCUGGCCGGUCUCAAAGAAAAAGCAGCAGAGCGACGAGAACUUCUACUGGUAAUAGUAACGCAAAUCUGCCGCGAGGCUCUUCGCGGUCGACUAAGUCUAAAGGUGGUAGCGAGGCCAAGGCUUUCUCCUCGAGCGCUGUAAUUUGCAUGGAUGAAAUUUGCGACCAUUAUCGGGAGCUGUGGGUGUCAGAAAUUAUUGGGAUGAAGAGCGGUGGGCGGAGUAGAGAUGAUCAUGAAGAAGAUGGGAGCACAAACAAAAACUUGAAGAAGAUCAACGAUCUCUGGUUGCAACCUUUGCUUCGCGACGUCGGUCUGACGCAAGUUGGCCUAGCACCAAGAAGGCGUUUGCGUGCGGCGGAAAAUCCUUCCGUGCACGAGCUCAUCGCGAAAGUCAACGCCCUUAUCGAAUCGACUCUCAUGAAGAAACUUGAGCCUUCCUUCCAGGACGAACAUGAGUCGCGAGGAGAUGAUGACGACCAUCAAAGUGAAAAGGAAAUCGAAAGAAACACGCUGAUGCCCUCGAUCGAUGCUGCAACCCUACAAAGGUGUGCGCGAACACUCUGCUGCUUCCUGCUCCAGGUUCAUAAAUCGUCAACCUGUGUUGACGUUGAUAAUGAUGUCGAUGUCCGGAACGAAAAGCCGCCUCGCACUUCGAGUUCUCAAGGAGCACCUGAAUUUCAACAAUCCGAGUUUUCCAAACUUGGAGUGCUAAUCUGCAAGUUGGAUUCAAUUGCGGAGCAACUGAUUAUGGCCAAAGGUGCGCGAAACAUGAUUGCACUUCGACAGACUGUGCUUGGUGAAGGGGGUGCGUACGCAGAAUCCCUGCUACGGCACCCGUCCGUUUGCAACUUCGGAAAUGGUGAGCAAGUAGGUCCAGGUCGUACAUUUUCAAAUAGAAAUCGAAGUACUCGGCCUGAUUCUCUAGAGCGCUCUUCCACUGCGGCAUCCGGUUCGUUUGUAGAAAGCAUGAGAGAACUUACUACUGGGCCCAAUGUUACGUGGAUGCGCGAUCUAGCGGCUAAAGUUGUUGCGCCUGUCUCACAGAAAAUUGACCUCGUUGACAACUACACGCAAAUUUACAAUUGCCUUUUUUCUCAAGAUGAUGAGCUCGAGCUGCGCGGAGACGACUAUCAUCAGAGGCAAGACGAAGUAACUCUCGUGGAAGAUGAUGCACGAAAAAGAAGUAACUUAUGUCGGGAUCGUGGAAGCAAAAAGAACACCGAAACUUUUAUAGCUCAGAUCGGGGCAGAGGCUGGGGCUGGGGUUCCCAGUAAGAUGUUUGAUAACAUUGACGAUUUUUUAGCUGAUGGCGACGAAGAUGUCAGAAUGGACUCUAGUUGUACUCAAGAACAAGUGACUGGUCUAUCGACUUCGACAUCAAGAGCGAACACGACAACUACAACCGCCAAAGAGAAGGCAGACAGCGCAGAGGUGCGGCAUGAUCCGUCUCCUCUGGAUAGACGGAGGAUUAAGCCGUCCGAUUUCGCGUUCCAAAUGGCCGAGCGACUUCAGAGCCGCGGAAGCGAGACUGCGGAUGGCAAUUUAGUCGAAGACUUUGUUCAUCGCGAAGUGUCUUUCGUGGGGGUCAUCCUUGUACAAGUAUUCUCACUAGAACGCAUUCUUCGUCCUCUUUGCAUUCAUCGUGGUGCUUGUAGUACUUCUGGCCAUGAUGAUCUUCAGAACACGAAUAAUAGUGGAAUGGAUAAUGCCUUUAGUAGCGAAGCUAUUAGCGAGAAUCAACAGUGCUUGGGCUGCCGAGGAGACACUCAGGAUGCAGGCACUCGGUCAACAGCUUUGUAUGCGUCUGCACGCAUUUUCCUUCAAUUGGCUGCAGAUUUUUUGCACCUGUCAGCAGUGCCCGAAAAUAUUGACGAGCAGGCGUCAAGUCCAAGUGAGAAUGCAUUUUUGGAUCUCUUCGGUGUCGCGUUCUGGGCUGCGAUUGAUGCACUAACACGAUCCUCGAGGAUGCAAUUUCUUCGCGCGAUAGCGCCUCAGCGAUCGGCUGACCAUUUUCUUCCAGGAGUGCAGAACGUAGCUGCGCCGAGUGAAAGAGGCGCAUCUGUUUAUCGUGCCACCGCGGAGUUCGUGACUAGCGUACAGGCAGCAAUCAACACGGCUCUGCGUCACAUUGAGGCACGACCUGAAAAACUAGUACGGCCGCGCCCGUUUAAUCGAAAUACCACGAAGAAAAUGAGUCCUGAAGAAAAUAAGGAUUCGACUGCCCCAUCAUCUCAUGAACAGCAUAAGCAAAAACAGGAUUUGCUGCCGGUUGAACAUUUUCUGAUGCCAGCGAGCGCGAGGGCCGCCUUGGCGAAUGAUGCAGUUCCUGAUUCUAAGGUGGAUCAUGAGCAAGCUUCGAAGACUACAAAGCCCAUGGAAGACAUGCCACCUAAUGGUAGAGCACAUUUGUCAGCACGAGCUUGUGAGCAGCGUCAGCGGGUUUUAAAGGAAUUAGUCCGCAGGGGUUGCUAUUGCGUACUUGUUGCGACGUGCCGAGCUGUGUGGCGAGAAAAAAUGAACACGCAUGUUGAGGGUACGUUGCUAGGAAAGUGGUAUGGAACAUCCUACAACGUCUGGGAGGAUCGGACGUUACCGGUACUUCCACCGCAUGUCGUUGAGGAAGUCACGACGCUUUGCGACGAGCAGCUCUGCAAUCAGAAGAAUGCUCGCUCCUCGCUAGAAGUAGAAAGUACCUCGGCCACAGCCCUUUUUCGAAAAAGAAAUCGGGACGUUGACUUGGAGGUGGUUUCUAGACGCUUUCUGGCUGCCACCCCCGGUCGAGCUUGUGAUAGCGCGGGAAGUCAGAUUUCACCUACAAAAUGGCUUUCUGAACGAUUAAGCCAUCUUGCAUCGUUUUCCUCAACAUCUAGCGGAGAUGAUACUAGAGAUAAAGAGGACCAGAUGAGUAGCAGGGCUAGAGACUCCAAAGUUGACUGGAAGCUACUGCGUUUUUGGGAUACAGCUUCGGAACUACUAGAGGCUGAGAAAAGUGAAGGAAUCGAUGCGAUAUUCCAGCAACAUGUGUGGAGUCUUGCACUCAGUGGCGGCGAAGAUGAAGCGGCUUCUUCUACUAGGUCGGACAGCCGUUUUCUACGUAGCAUCAUUCGGUUUACCAGGAACUUGCAAUCGAGGACUGGUGGAAUGGACGACGCAAGUGGAAAUGGUCUCAAUUAUGCGACGACAGACUUUGAUCAACAGAGUGAAAGUGCUCAUGUUGUGGACAGCUUCAUCACCGGCAGUGCCAACCUGCUCUUAUUCCAGCAACUCGCAGAUGAUAGCGGUCUGUCACAAUUUGUUUCGCACACUGUGGAGAAGAUGCACGCGGGUGUGGAACGCGUGACGACAAGCGUCGAGCAGCAAUUAAGGGCCGCAAGACAACGCGAGGCAGAUCAAGAAAUAGGAGGGGCACAAGGUUUGGAGGGAGAGAUUAACGGUGGUAGUGUUGAUUCCGUACGACAGCCAUUGACGUUUAUUCUCGGACAAAAUUUUGUCGAGAUGCGACGUACAGAACCAGAAACCAUGAGUAGACAACUGAAGAGAAGAACCAAAAAGAUCUGGCAGGGCCAAAGUCCCGAAAGUAGGGGGGUUCACCGUGGCAAUGAUGAGAAGGAGGGAACACGUCGCGAAGAGCAUUUUAGCAGAAACUACAGCGACAGAUGGCAGAUCGCGGAAGAGGAUGCAACUUUUGUUGAAUGCACAUUGCAGAAACAGGCUAAGUCCCGUCUUUCGAAUUCGCCUACGACGAAAAUCGCCUCUCGAGACGGGGAAGCGUCAAUGAUAGAAAUGACCUUGCUGAUGGCGUCUGGCUCGGUGACGGGAGGUGGCGGUCUUAGUCGUUAUUCGAAUCGGGAGGUCCUGCGUUUUACCCCAGCGCAGCUACUCGCGCUACUCCAAAACGGUACAAACGACUUAGAAAAUGGAAAUGCUUCUUCCAGUUCUAGCUCCAGCUCCACAGAGAAUGCGUUCGAGACUUGUAAACGAGGGUCCCCCCUCAUGUGCUUGGCUAUUCCACUAGAUGAUGAGCGACAGAAAGAGCCGGCUUUCCGGACGGAAGUAAAUAGGAGCGCUUGCACUUGGCACACGCACAUAAGCGUUACUGACCACACAAAAAACAAGCCAGUCGAGUCCAGCUUGUACCGACUACUGCUGUUCCCAUUUACGUCAGAUUUUUUACGAUUCUACGACUUCGUGCUGGCAUGUCUACGGAAAGAUGUUGAUACAGCAGCAGCAGCAGCAGCAGCAGCAGCCAUGCAAGGAGGUUCCUCUUCACGCGAAGGAAAAAUGUCACAAUUUGGUUCAAUACUAGCUGGUCAUCAGGACCGUCAAUCGCUCGAAUCCAUUCGCAAGAAAUUGAGAGGUAUCGGAGCUCCCCUCGUGAAUGCUGUUGUAGGGACGAGUACGUCGGAUCAUAUCCUUCUCAAACACGUCACGACUAGGCCAAAUAUUGAGACUCAACGACACGCAGAAAACUGUCGUGAUGGAGGAAGUCUAGACGCUAAAAGCAGAGACGCAAAAGAUGCAAUCUCGCAUCCUGAUCUCGCAGACUUCUUACAAGACGAUGACCUAGAUCACCUCCAGUUCGAGAUCGGGAGGGUCGCGGACGCCGUUGUUGAGAAAAAGCUUGAAAAAAACGCGGACUUGUUCUCAACUGUCAUAGUGAACAAAAGCAACUCCGACUCGUCCAUUGAAAUCAAGAGCACAAGGAUAAUGGAUGGCUUGUUGUCGUCUUUUGGCCCACCACGAAGAGCUACCUUGAAUCUCUUUAGCGACGAAGAGGAAGAUAUCCUUUCAGCCGAAGUGCUCUCCUUAUCGUGGCAUGAAACUGUAAGUGGUUGUCCUGGUUCUGGAUCUGGUUGUACUUCAUCAUCUAAUCGCAGUGACCCCGCAUCAUCUCGAUCUCCUCCUGGAGAAGAUAGACGAUUCAAGCGAUGUUCUUCGACGUUGACGUUUUCUUUUCACGCCGAAGACCGUGAGUACAAGACACCAGAGCGGGAGACGCAAUUGUUGCAAAACGUAGUUGAGGUUGAAAAUGGCUGCCACGAUGACGUCGACACAGGCACUGUAGCUGUACAAAUAAAUGCUCAUGCCGAAGAAAAGCCACGGGUUUUUCCUUCCCUACUUUUUUACCUGCAGUCCUCGGCGUCGGAUUUCGACGAUUCCCCUAAGAAUGAGUCGCCUCUACAGCAGGACUUGUCAUCCCGUAUCGUCAGCAAUUCUACUCCUCCAGGAAUUACAGGCGUCACUGAGAACCUGAACCAGGGAAACCGAUUUUCACGUGUUGAGAAUGCCUGUAAGUCUCGAGAACAUUAUACCACAGCUAGCGCAAAUUCAAAUAUUGGUGAUGAGCAAUGCCUACAGAAAAGUGAACUUGACAGUGAAGAAGCACCAGAACUGCGAAGCGACUGUCUAGACCGUGCUAACUUUGCAAAAGAGGGUGCGCAGCUUCCUCAAGAAGUUGGAUGUGCUCAAGACAGGAAAAUGAAAAAGGUGUUGAAACGAACUCGAAGCUUUUCAGAGCCAACAACCAGUAGGUGUACCAGGCCACACAAUUAUCGCCUCGCCUUUCUGAGUCGAAAGUUUAGGAAUGCGUCCACUUCCCCGUCGCUUCCACAGAUAAUCUGUGGGGACCGAGGUCCCUCUGGCGAAGGAAAUCAGGAUCAUGAUGAUGAAGACGGAGAAUCCGAGCAACAAUUACGAAGGAACACUUCCAGGACUUCAAAUUCCUUUACAUUCAGAAAAAAAUCUUCUUCUUCGAGCAACGUCGACAAUGGCGGUAUAAUUAAAGAGAAACCUACUACUUCGUCAUUCAACGGGAGGAAAUGGCGGUGCCAAGAAGAAGAGCAUCAAGGGGGUCCUUCUUUAAAAUUAUGGUUAGCUCGUAUCCAUCUUUCUCGGCAUCUUGAUCCCCUUUCGCGUUACAUUUUUAUGAAAUACAAGGGGAAAGGUGUCGAGAUGAGGGAACCAAGAUGGAGCGAAUCUGAGGCUAAUAGAAGACGAGAAGCCUGCUCAUAAUGAGCACCCGACGCUGCUAGAGGAUGAGGACGUCGAUGACACGUCGGACGAUGAGGAGUUUUGCGUUCUGCCGGGUGCGAGCCUCGACGAUUUUGUGGCUCUGAGAGAGCACCGACAGCAAGAGGAAUGCUUUGAUUCCGAAGAAGAAGAGGCCCUGGAAGCAUUACGAAUGUGCCAUGAGCUAGAACUUUUUGAACGCGACGCGGUAGCUCCAUUGUUUAAUGAAGACAACACAAACAGAGGAAGUCGAAAUGCGUUCAACACAAAUGCUGAGUCUGAAGUUAAACCACAAGUGCAAGCUGGUGUGGCAUCAUCAUGGUAUAGAAGGGCGACUGAUCAAGCAGGAGCGGUAGAGGAAUUAGAGGACGCACGCACGCCAGGCUCACUUCCUUCCGCGCGAUUGCUUGAAGUGAAGAGACCGGGUUCUGUUGCUGCGGAGGGCGACAUGACUGGAGAAGAUUUGUUGCCUGGAGGAAGUCGUGUCCCAUCCUUGGUCGACUUCGAAGCUUUUUUGGAGGACGCUGAUGGAAAAUCCGUUCCGGAAGAGCAGCUUGUUAAUAGAGCAGAUUUAAGUCCCUAGUCGUGGAGCUACAGCUAGCUUGAAAUUCGAAGCAAACAGUGAUGAUAAUGUAGAUUUAGUGCUGGAAUUAUAAGUUUGCUCAGAGAUGUACAAGUAGGAUAGAAAUGAAAUAUAGCGAAAACCCUAAAAAAAUGUUGUACCAAUCAGGGGAGGGGAAUCCAUUUCAAACUUGAUUUUAGUAGUUCCACUUUGACGCAACACGCAACAUGAACAUACUACCUAGUUCAAGUUUAUUCUUGAAAAUAUGCGCAACGUGAACGUGCAGGUGCACUCAUUCUCAUUAGGUAGCAUUAGAUUCAAGCAACACGCAUCAAUGUGAAUGUCAACGAGUCUGCGAAUUGAAGAAGAUUCAAGUUUCAUGGUCAAAACAAAAACAAGCGUGUUUUUCUAGUUUCAUUGGAUUUCUUUGCAUUUGCCAGGCGGGUUUGAUUGCUAUGUCGAGGUCGAGGAAGAUUAGCACUGGAGAAGAGGCAAUAUACACUUUGUGCUCAAGAACAGCGUGAG